GAGCUUUGUCAAGUUGUUCAGCAGCCGGAUAUCAAAGUCCUGAAAAACUACAUAAAGGCGUUCUUCCAGCGAGCGAAGCUGUAGGGAAUAAAAAACUGGAAGUUCUCUUUGGACUGAAAAGACUCUUCACAGGAAGUGGACGAGCUCUCGCCACUUUCAACAACCACAACAACAACAUAAAAGGAACUUAGCAUAGGAGCUGCUUUUGCACUUAAGAAGCGAACGCAUCACGAAGCCCGCCGCUCUGUCCGAGCGGGGGCGUGGCCGGACGAGUGGUCGAGCCGUCCACAAGGCCUUGGGACGAGAAGGCGCUCAGAAACGUGGAGAACUUUGUGACGAAGUGAAACCUGAUCUGAGGGAGAGGAAACGACCCGUCUGGUAAAUAUCCUCGAGCCAUCUGAACCCGACGAGCGCUUCCUUCUCGUCUUUAGAAACCACAUUUCAAAAACAUGCUAGUUUGAGGUUGUUUUUCUUUUUCUGACGUUGCUGCUGCCACGAAAUGGACAAAAAAAAGGGCUGAAUUGUUUUUCUGUCAUUAAAAAUGUGGCGUGGAUUUAUUUUUUUACGUGCUGAUUUGACGGAGGGAUGGUUUGAAGUUUUGCAGUGCUCGCCGCUCGGGUUCUUCCAAACGCCACCAACUUUUAAUUUCCUGAAUUCUCCGUUUUAAAAGCAGAUCAAUCUGAAACGUCACCUGAUGGGACGUUGAUACUCGAGCUUUUGGUGACAUCAGCCCGUCACGCUAAAUUUAAAGGUGCGACAACAGAGGAAUAUUUUUUGUCUCCUGUAAAUCGGACGAUUAUUUAGUCGCUGUUUUAGUUUUUUGAAGGAGAAGAAUGAAAAGAAACGGAGGGACGAAGUGUAAAUAAGAGAAUAAGAUGUUAAAAGUGUAAAUAAAGUUCCUAGGUUUAGUUUUUUUCAAAUCUUCAUUCCCAUCUGGGAACUAGUACGGAAGCUCGCUGGUGCCAGAAAGUGGAAAAAAAAGUGUCUCGCUAUGAAAACGUAAGAGUUUGGAUGCCGCGUAAAAUAAAAUCUAGUUUGAAACGUUCAAUUGAAAAAGUUAAAAUGAUUUCACGUUUGACCUGAUGAACUUUUUUUUGUAAACAUGCACUUAUUGAUGUUAUUUUCUUCUCGCUCUGCAUCCAAACUUUUUUACAAUUUUGGUUAAAGUGUCAAAUUUCGAUUUAAUUUUGUCAUCAUGAAUUCGAAUGAGAGUUUCUUGUAGUUCAGAAUUAUGAAUGACCUUUUUUUAUUUUUCACUUUUAAAUUUCAUAUUUGAAAUUACUCCCCCUUAAAAUUUUGAAAAAUUUUGCGUUUGAAAUUGUGAAUUUUGACACUUAAAAAAAGAAAUUGAUCCAUAAUUUGACCCUUAAAGAAGUGCAAUUAUAAUUUGGACUCAUUUCAAAUCUAAAUUUAGAAUUUGAAAUAGAAUUUAUAGGUUUUUAAUUUUUAACACUUCAAUUUUCUGGCCCUAACAAGCUUCCGUAGACUAUCGUUAACUCAUCAUAGGAAUCGCUUCUGAACACGUCAAGUAAAAAUAAAAAACAUGAAUUAUCGUACGGAAGCAGCUCGGUGAGUUUUUAUAUCGAAGCAUUCGUGACAAUUCAGGCAAUGGACGUGUUGAUUAUGCAACGCUUCACAGCGAGCAAUACUGUGAACGAACCAAUCAGUGCGCGGCGACGAGAUGAAACUGUACAAACUGUAUCUGAUAUUAAAACACACAUCCUCUUUUAACCACUCUGCACGGACGAUGUGACCUCGCUCACUUUGAUCUGACUCAUCAGAAAUAAUCCCCAAAUCCUCCGCUUGAAUGUUCAGCACUUUAUUUUACGUUUCUUUAAAAGCCUCCUUCAAAAGUUCCUGAACGCGUUGAAUUAAAUUUGGUCAAACGCGGCCGAUAAAUAAUCAUAUUGAAGGAGGACUUUCGGUUAUUUUAUAUUUUUCUAAUUGUGAACAAAAAAGGCAAAAACCAAAAAUGUGCCUGACGAUUAAAUUCAUUUCACAUGUAAAAAUUAGAAGUUAUUGGGCUUUUAUUUUGAAAUGCUGUACGGUCUUAAGCUGAGAGUACUUCCCCUGCUGUCUGAAUGCGUUAACGCAGCCUGAGACGUCGUGAUAAAUAAGAAAACAGAAGUAUAAAGUGUAUGAAUGCAUGUUCACUCAGCACGUUACUCCACCCGUCUGUUUUUAACCUUAAAGCGGCGCCUCGUCCAGCGUACCCUCGUAGUAUUCCUGUCGCCUCUCCUCCUCAGUACAGCAGCUUCUACAGGAUUCUCCUUCAGCUCUCUGCCUGGUUUUGAUUUCCUGACUCGACGUCUCCCUCACGUCUCACUAAAUCAAAUUUGCCAAAUGAAUAAAUUUGUCGAUUGUUGGUGAAACGUGUUGAUUUAUUUUAUUUCUUUUUGAUAUGAGAUGAAACUGUUAGAACCAAUAAAAAGUGUUUACUAAUCAUCAGACA